CUCUGCUAGAUUUUGCGGAGUAGAGCGUAGAUCCGUUCCCACAACGAAAUCUAACUAUUUAUUUUCCGUCGUCUGAGAGUCCGAAGGAAGAGGCUAUCAUUAUGAAGAUGGCAUCCAUCGAGACAGGCGACACGCUCUUUCUCCUCUUCACCCUCUCCCUCUGCCUCAUAGCCUGGUUCCUCCUCUCCAGCUUCACUAAGAAGACGAAGCAGCAGCGCCUCCGCCUCCCUCCGGGCCCGCCCCACGUCCCACUCCUCACUCCGCUCCGCUUCCUCCGCCGCAGCUCCUUCGACCUCGAGCCCCUCCUCCGCCGCUUCCGAGCCAAAUACGGCCCCAUCUUCGCUCUCCGCCUCACGAAGAACCCCUCCAUCUUCAUCGCCGACCCUGCUCUCACCCACGACGCUCUCGUCCGCAACGGCGCCGCCUUCUCUGACCGUCCAUUCGGAAACCAGGCAAACCGCCUACUCAACGCCAAUCAGACCGCCAUCACCUCCGCCGCCUACGGUCCCCUCUGGCGAACCCUCCGCCGCAACCUUACCGCCGUCGUUCUCCACCCCUCCCGCAUCCGUCGCUACGCUGACGCCCGCCGCUGGGUCUUGGGCAUCCUAUUCAGCCGCCUCCGCGCCCAGGCGGCGGCCGAGGAGGGUGUCGUGGUGGUGAUGCAGAACUUCCAGUUCGCCAUGUUCUCCCUCCUCGCCCUCGUCUGCUUCGGCGAGAAGCUCGACGAGAAGACCAUCGAGGCCAUCGAAGAAGUUCAGAAGACCGCCAACGCCUCCUUCGCAAAGCGCGCCGUCUUUUCCUUCUUCCCCACCGUCACCAAGAUCGUCUUCCGCCGCCUCUGGAAUAGCCUCCUCGAGCUCCGCCGCCGGCAGGAGGCGCUCUUCCUGCCCCUUAUCCGCGCCCGGCGGGAAAUCCGCAAGGUCCGGAAAUCACAAGGGGUGGAAAUAGAAGAAGGCGGAGUCUACUCCUACGUUGACUCGCUUCUCGAUCUCCGAGCGCCGUUCUCCGGAGGCGAGCGGGAGCUCACUGAGGGCGAGAUACUGACGCUCUGUUCCGAAGUUCUCUCAGGAGGCACAGAUACCACAGCGACGGCUCUGCAGUGGAUCAUGGCGCACCUGGUGAAGGAGCCCCACAUCCAAGAGAAGCUCUAUGAGGAGAUCCGGCGAGUGGAAGCGGAGGAAGGGGAGACAAUCACGGAGGAGAUGCUGCAGCAGAACAAGUUGCCGUACUUGAAGGCGGUGAUAAUGGAGGGGCUCCGACGCCAUCCGCCAGGCCACUUCGUGCUGCCGCACACGGUGAAGGAGGACAUGGAAUUUCACGGGCAUCUGAUCCCCACCGGAGCGGUGGUGAACUUCACGGUGGCGGAGAUGCAGUGGGACGAGAAGGUAUGGCCGACGCCGAUGGAAUUCCGGCCGGAGAGGUUUCUCCCCGGAGGGGAGGGGGAGGACGUGGACAUCACAGGGAGCAGGGAGAUUAAGAUGAUGCCGUUCGGGGUGGGGAGGAGGAUCUGCCCGGGGCUGGCGCUGGCGCUGCUCCACCUCGAGUUCUUCGUCGCCAAUUUGGUGAAGGAGUUCCAGUGGAAGCCUGCAGCGGAAGGGGAGGAAGUCGACCUGACGGAGACGCUAGAGUUGACCGUUAUCAUGAAGCAUCCACUGCGAGCUCGAAUCACGACGAGACCAUCGAUCGCGAGCUAAAUGUCAUAUCGUGCAGUUAAUGCUAUGUUUUAUGAAGUCAUAUUUAUCCUUAUGCUGUCUUCCAUGUUAAUUUAGGUACAAGUUGAUAAGGGUGUUGACGGCGAGUAAAUCAUCUUUACUAUAUAUUUAUCCUUAUGCUUAAAUAA